CGGUUUCCAGGAAGUGAACAUCACAAUCCCAUCCUAACCACCUCCCCAUGUGAGAGCCUCGUCGCACCACGCGUUGCGUGUGAGAAGAGAAACCGGUGUCGAGAAGGCAACGUCAUUCCUCCGACCACCGACUCGGCGAACUCGGCAGACAUAAGCGCAAGAGACAGAGAGCGGAGCGGUGUUGUCCGAGGCAGGUGCUGAAGCGAUUACAGCAGAAAGAUGGCGGACGACCCCAGCGCGGCGGACAGGAACGUGGAGAUAUGGAAAAUCAAAAAGCUGAUCAAAAGUUUGGAAGCUGCUCGUGGUAACGGCACCAGUAUGAUCUCACUGAUCAUCCCUCCCAAGGACCAGAUAUCCAGAGUGGCCAAGAUGUUGGCUGAUGAGUUUGGCACCGCCUCUAACAUUAAGAGUCGAGUCAACAGGCUCUCUGUGCUUGGUGCCAUCACCUCUGUACAGCAAAGACUAAAACUUUACAACAAAGUGCCACCUAAUGGUUUGGUGGUGUACUGUGGCACCAUUGUGACCGAGGAAGGCAAGGAGAAGAAAGUCAACAUCGACUUUGAGCCUUUCAAGCCAAUCAACACCUCCCUGUACCUUUGUGACAACAAGUUCCACACAGAGGCACUGACAGCCCUGCUCUCUGACGACAGCAAGUUUGGCUUUAUCGUGAUCGACGGUAGCGGGGCCCUGUUUGGAACACUGCAGGGCAACACCAGAGAGGUGCUGCACAAAUUCACCGUGGACCUGCCCAAGAAGCACGGCAGAGGAGGACAAUCUGCUCUGCGUUUUGCUCGUCUGAGAAUGGAGAAGAGACACAACUACGUGAGGAAAGUGGCUGAGACGGCCGUCCAGCUUUUUGUGUCCAACGACAAAGUUAACGUGGCAGGAAUGGUCCUGGCUGGCUCUGCCGACUUCAAGACCGAACUCAGCCAAUCUGACAUGUUUGACCCGAGGUUACAGGCCAAGGUGCUGAAGUUGGUGGAUAUCUCCUAUGGAGGAGAGAAUGGUUUCAAUCAGGCUAUCGAGCUCUCGGCAGAGGUCCUAUCCAACGUCAAGUUCAUCCAGGAGAAGAAGCUCAUAGGGCGAUACUUUGAUGAGAUCAGCCAGGACACAGGGAAGUAUUGUUUUGGUGUGGAAGACACACUCAAAGCCCUGGAGAUGGGAGCGGUGGAGAUCCUCAUAGUCUAUGAGAACUUAGACACCAUGCGUUACAUUCUACGCGUGCAUGGGGCAGAGAGCAACGGUGCUGAGAACGAUGAGAAGACCCUGUAUUUAACGCCAGAGCAGGAAAAGGACAAGUCCCACUUCACAGACAAGGAGACGGGGCAGGAACAUGAGUUGAUUGAGAGCAUGCCUCUGCUGGAGUGGUUCGCUAACAACUACAAGAAAUUUGGAGCCACGCUGGAGAUAGUCACAGACAAGAGCCAGGAGGGGUCCCAGUUCGUCAAGGGCUUUGGUGGCAUCGGGGGUAUCUUGCGGUACAGGGUGGAUUUCCAGGGCAUGGAGUACCAAGGAGAGGACGAUGAGUUCUUUGAUUUGGAUGACUACUAGGUAGUCGGGGACUGAUACUGGGAGAAAAAAAGUAAAGCAAAGGAAUGAAUGAAGAAAUAAGGAAAGAAAAAUGCCACCUCUUUUGCAGCAAGUGAGAGGGGCAGCCGCAAUGACCAUAUAUAUAUAUGUAUAAGACAGACACACCUUCCAAUUUACUGGUUGCAUACACAAACAUGCACACACAUUUCAUAUGUACACACAAAAAGUAACCUCUCACAGGCUGAAGAGGAGUGAAAUUUUCUUUCAUCCAGAGAGGGAGAAAGCCCUUCCUGAAUAAAUCCCUGCCUUAGAGUGCUGGUUCCUUCCCCUAGUUGGAUUGGACUCGACUCAUUUUUGUUCUUUUUUUCCCCUCCCCUCCAUUUUGAAUGAACACAACAGCAAGUUCCCAGGGCCCUCGCUGUCCCCACCCCGGACUGAAGAAGAACUUUGGACUCACUCAUCGUAUAUAGAAAAUAUAUUUUCCUUCCCUCAUCCUGUCCUCAUCCUCUCUCCCUCCUCCCUUAUAUGCUUUCUAUUUUUUUCUUUAUUUUUCUUUCUUUUCUUUUUUUGUUUUUGCAUUUCAUUUUUUACUGGUAACUGCUGCUGUUGUAUUUUAUGAGAGUGGGGGAUUUUUUUUACCUGGGUUUCUGUAGAGAAAGGGGGACAAAGUAUUAAAUUUGAACUGCUGAAAACCCAUUGCUACCUCCUCA